GAGUUCGAGCGUCUUUCGGUGGCUUCUCGCCGCUGGUUCGCCUGGUCCAUUGAUUGAUAUGUGCAUACAUUGCGAUUCAGUAACGCCGGACCGUGCCGGGUAGGAAGAUGUUUUCUUGUCGUGGCUCCACAACCGUGUCGGUGGCGGUGAUCACCCUUGUACUGUUAGGUUUGCCGCUAGCCGAACCCUACCGGGAUGGCAAGUUUGCGCCCCGUUUGGUGGGGCGCAUCCGUGAGCGACGGUUGGAGCGACUGCAGCAGCGACAACGUGCACUGAUCGCGUCCAAUGAAGCCUAUAGCGAUUACUCCAUGGACUACCAGGGUGAUGAGACAAGGUCGGCGGCCGUCAAUGGGACAGACUACGAGAUGAAUCUAACUAGCUCGGCGGAGGAAGGGCGUAGACCUCCAGUCAUACCACCCGCACUGCUCGAUGCUCUUAAACCCUCCUCGCGCAGGACCAUGUUCGAGAGAAAGAUCAUAUUCCGGUUCUACCAUGGCGGCAAUCUUACCAAACAGACCACGCUGAACGACAACGAUCGGCUGCUGAACGGUACCGAAUGUUUGCCGGACGAACCGUUCGCACUGAUCGUGCACGGUUGGCGCGAGAACUGCUACGAGGUGCCGUGGGUGUUGGAGCUGCGCGAGAACCUGCGCCAUCAUCGGGGUGGGUGCGUUGCCUGCAUGGACUACUCUUCCUUCUCGAGCGGUGGGUACGGCGGGCUGGUCGGUGUGUUCCGUGACAUCCGCGACGUACUGUUGCACUUCCUGCUGGAGCUCCGGUACGAGGGCAUCCAGUUCGAGCGUACGUAUCUGUUUGGGUUCAGUUUCGGUGCACAGCUGUCGCUGGACGUGGGCAAUCGGAUCGGGGGGCAGGAGCUGGAAGCGAUCGAUACCUGCGAUAUGGCCGGGCCAGGUUUCGACUCGGAUCGUGCGUUCAAGCAGAUGGACUUUCGCAGCGCGGCCAAAAACGUCCAGUGCAUACAUACGAGCAUUGACAAGGGUACAAAGUUCCCGAACAAAUGUCACCAAAACUGGAGGAUGGGACAGUGUGGAUUAAGGCAGGCAGCUGCGGGUCCACCACCGUUAGGUUCGCACGGCCUAUGUCCGGUGUUCUACAAUCUUGCGUUUAAGUAUCAGUUCCUGGCCCAACCAAAACCACCAGAGUGUUUGUCGCUCAGCGAGAUGGCCACCUACCCGCGCAACUACCGGAUGGGUUAUAUGGAGCCAAGAAAGAGUGAGGUACGCGGGGAACUCUUCGCGCAGACCUCGGACGUGUACCCGUACACGGUGUUUACCAACCCGUACAACAUAUUUGAGUAUGGCUUCUAAAACAAGGGAUGGAGGCGGAUAGAUCUACAUCAAAGACAAGCUGGUAAUGUCACACUGGAGAA